GUCUAUUCACGUCCUUUGCCCACUUUUUAAUGGGAUUAUUUGUUGUUGUUUAUUUGCUUGUGUUCUUUGUAUAGUCUGGAUACUAGUCCCCUGUUGGAUGCACCCAGCUUUCCUCUAUGUUUACAUUUUAUAUAACCACAGAGUAGAGUAAAGCAUGAGCCUGAUUAUUUGUUUGGAAUUAAUAUCUUUGUAUGGACAUGUUAUGAAUGUUUUCUUUAUCACUAUAGCAAACUUUAUCACUAUAUGCUUUGUAUACAUGCAUACAUGUUAACUGUUUAUUAAGUGGUCAAAAAGCAGGCUUUAGAUUUUAUUAAUCCAUUAUGCUAAAUGUAUAAAUUAUUUUUUUAGCCACCAACCAAUAGUUGACUACAUAGAUGCCCAAUUUGAGGCUUACCUUCAAGAAGAGCUGAAGAUUAAACGUUCCUUGUUUGACUACCACGAUUCUCGUGUCCACGUGUGUCUGUACUUCAUUUCACCCACAGGACAUUCCCUGAAGUCUCUUGAUCUGUUAACAAUGAAGAACCUUGACAGUAAGGUGAACAUUAUACCACUGAUUGCCAAAGCAGACACAGUUUCUAAAAAUGAUUUACAGAUGUUUAAGAGGAAGAUAAUGAAUGAACUGAUUAGCAAUGGGAUCCACAUAUAUCAGUUCCCAACAGACGAUGAAACUACUGCUCAAGCGAACUCCUCAAUUAACGGGCUAUUACCCUUUGCUGUGGUUGGCAGUACGGAUGAAGUGAAAGUUGGAAAAAGGAUGGUCAGAGGCCGUCACUAUCCUUGGGGAGUUUUGCAAGUGGAAAACGAAAAUCACUGUGACUUCAUUAAGCUCCGAGAUAUGCUUCUUUGUACCAAUAUGGAAAACCUAAAAGAAAAAACCCACACUCAGCACUAUGAAUGCUAUAGGUACCAAAAAUUGCAGAAAAUGGGCUUUACAGAUGUGGGCCCAGACAACCAGCCAGUUAGUUUUCAAGAAAUCUUUGAAGCCAAAAGACAAGAGUUCUAUGAUCAAUGUCAGAGGGAAGAAGAAGAGUUGAAACAGAAAUUUAUGCAGCGAGUCAAGGAGAAAGAAGCAACAUUUAAAGAAGCUGAAAAAGAGCUGCAGGACAAGUUUGAGCAUCUUAAAGUGAUUCAACAGGAGGAGAUAAAGAAGCUUGAAGAAGAGAAAAAACAGCUGGAGGGAGAAAUAAUAGAAUUUUAUAAAACGAAGGCUGCCUCUGAAGCACUGCAGACUCAGCUGAGCACCAAUACAAAGAAAGACAAAGAUCGCAAGAAAUAAUCAUUUCUGUUACUAUUCUGUCGUUUGAGAGCCCUGUCAUUCUACAUCCCAUCUUCCUGUGAGAUUGCCUUUGUAGCAUUUAACUCUGCAGUUCUCGUUUUAAAAAUUGGUUUGCUUAUUGUAUAUUUUUCCCAACUAACGUGUGAACUCCUAGCUGAGUAUAGUGGCUGACACCUAUAAUCCCAGCACUUUGGGAG